AUGGAUAUUCACGUAAUCGAGAAAAAUCCUAAUUUGAGUUUCGGUAAUAUCGGGAAGAUAAAUCGACAGUUAUGUAUUGUAUUAUUGGAGGAAUUUCAAGAUUGCGUAUCUUCGUCGAUGAGGGAUCUCGGGAGAACGAAUACGGUAUCGAUGGAGAUAAAGUGUCUCACCGACGAACCGGUUGCGUAUCGUCCGUAUCGUUUAGCAGAACCGCAGAAAGUAAUUGUUCGUAGUAUAAUAGAAGAUUUGCUAAAUAAUGGGAUAAUUAGGGAAUCUGAUUCGCCGUACGCGAGCCCGAUUACGUUAGUGAAGAAAAAGACCGGAGAUUUUAGGAUGUGUGUAGAUUAUCGAAAAUUGAAUGCGAUUACGAUAAAAGAUAAACAUCCGUUGCCACUUAUUGAUGACCAGAUCGAUCAGCUUGGGGGAAAUCGGUGGUUUGUAGGUCUAGAUUUAGCAUUGGGUUAUUAUCAGGUUCCGGUGGCAGAAAAUUCUAUAGCGAAAACGGCAUUUAUUACUCCGGAGGGGCAUUAUGAAUUUUUGAGAAUGCCGUUUGGUUUAACAAAUGCGCCAGCUGUGUUUCAGCGCCUGAUGCGAAAAGUUUUGGCACCGGUAAAAGGGACGAUUCCUUUUGAAGAAGGGCUCAGUAAAUUACGAGAAGUUUUAGAGGCCUUGCGGACACAUGGUUUGACCCUUAGGUUGGAAAAAUGUUCGUUUUUUAAAGAAACCAUUGAAUACCUAGGUCGAGAGGUUAGUGCGCAAGGAGUGAGGCCAGGACAACGGAAAAUAGAAGCAGUAAAAGGAAUGCCACAGCCGACGAAUGUAAAGCAGUGGCUGGAAGACCAAGAGUUUACUUUUGAAAUUGUGUAUCGUCCAGAGUCCCGGAUAGCGCAUGUGGAUGCGCUUAGUCAGAAUCCUCAACCGGUUGUGCUUGAAGUCUUUCAUAUAGAUAUUACAGAGGCAGAAUGGAUUGUUGCAGCCCAGUUGCAGGAUGAGCAGUUGUUGCGCAUCAGGACUAUAUUGGAAAGGAAGGACAAGUCUGCCGAGACUAAGCACUAUUUUAAAGAAUAUGUGCUAAAGGCAAAUAAAUUGUAUCAUCGAUUGUCAGAUGAUAAAAUGGUUUGGGUUGUGCCGAAGGCGGCGAGAUUACAGAUUUUCAGGUUGUGCCAUGAUGAUGCAGGGCACUUGGGUACGGAAAAGACGUUGCAGAGAAUCCAGCAAAAUUAUUGGUUUGCAGGUAUGCGAUGGUUCGUGGAUAAGUAUGUUAAAGCGUGCUUGAGUUGUGCAUAUUAUAAACAUACGGCAGGAAAGAAGCAGUGCAAGUUGAAUUCGAUAGAGAAGGUACCGGUUCCAUUUCAUACAGUACAUAUUGAUCAUGUGGGACCAUUUGAAACGAGUCGUAGACGGAACAAAUACUUGCUUAUGUUGGUGGACGCGUUUACAAAAUUCACGAUUGUGGAGCCGGUGAAGAGUCAGAAAACGCGCCAAACCGAGAAAGUAUUAAUGAAUUUUAUGUAUUUGUUUGGGGUGCCGACACGAAUUAUAAGUGAUCGUGGAACAAGUUUCACGUCACGUAGAUUUGGGUUGUUGUGUCAAACAUACGGCAUUAAGCAUGUACUUAAUGCGGUAGCUACCCCAAGAGCGAAUGGUCAGUACGAGCGUUACAAUAGGACCAUUGUUAAUGCGCUAGCGGCAAGUGCGGCAGGUCAAGACGCACGGGACUGGGAUGUGCAGGUUAAGAAGGUGCAAAGCACAAUAAACACCAUGUACAACAAGAGUAUAGGCACCACUCCAAUUAAGGCAUUAAUUGGUUGUGAUGUAAAGACAGUAGCUGAAGGUGUAAUACUCAGUGCUGUCCGUGAAGAAAUGGACUGGUUGGAUUUGCAUGCUUUGAAAGAAGAGAUUAGUAAACAUAUUUCGGACGAUCAAAAAGCACAGAAAGAACGUUAUGAUCGUAUACGGAAAGAGGCUCGUAAGUAUACGGUGGGUGAGUUGGUAUUAGUUCAAAUAACUAGUGAGCCUGCGACAGGAGGAAGUCGGAAAUUGUUGCCGAAGUUUAAGGGACCGUUUCGGAUUCGGGUAGUGUUGCUGAACGAUCGGUAUGAUGUUGAAGAUUUGAGAGAGGGGUCAAAGCGGUUGAGAACAAUCGUCGCGGCCGAUAAGAUCAAACCCUGGAUUGCGGUUCAAGGGGAUGGGUGCGAUGAGUGAAAAUCGCUUAAUGUUAUUGUUUUAGCUCGUUUCAAGAUUGUAUUUGGGUGUUGAACACCGUAGAAUUGUUGAAGAAUAAUGUAGUGGUAUGGUAUCUCACCUUUGGUUGAUUUUGUUACAGUCGAGAAAGGAGAAACCGCCGAAAGCUUAGGGCUGAGGCGAUGUGAGCA